GCCUCGGCUGUUCACGACUGUACACAGUUUACCCUACAUCGACGAAGAUGCCGCCGAAAGGAAAGAAAGGCCAGGACAAGGGCAAGGGUGGUGAGGAGGAGCGUGAGGACCCUCUCCAGGCAGUGAUUCUUGCGGAUCCUUUCGAGACACGCUUCAACCCUUUCACACUUGAGCGCCCAAGGUGUCUACUACCCCUCGCCAACACACCACUCAUCGAGUACACCUUCGAAUUCCUUGCCAAUGCCGGUGUUGAGGAGAUAUUCGUAUACUGCGGCGCUCACAGGCAGCAAGUCGAGUCAUAUAUCAACCGGUCGAAAUGGGCUGCGCAAUCUUCGCCGUUUUCCAAGCUCGAGCUCAUUCAGUCGACAUCCCACUCGAUAGGCGACGCGAUGCGCGAUCUGGACAGCAGAAGCUUAUUGGUAGGCGACUUCCUUCUGGUUUACGGAGACGUCGUCAGCAACCUACCGUUAGAGGGUGCUCUGGCUGCGCACAGGGCGAGGAGAACAAAGGACAAGAAUGCCAUUAUGACUAUGGUGUUGCGCGAGGCAGGCACAACACACAGGACAAAGGCGCGAGGGACAAGCCCGGUUUUCGUUAUCGAUCCGGAGAAGGACAGAUGUCUGCAUUUCGAGCAGAUGCCAAACCGCGACCAGACACACUACCUCUCAAUUGACCCUGACCUAUUGUCUGACCACCAAGAACUCGAGAUUCGCCAGGACCUCAUCGACUGCGGCAUCGAUAUCUGCACACCGGACGUACUUGCACUUUGGAGCGAUAACUUCGAUUUCCAAGCACCGAGGAAAGGCUUCCUACACAGUGUACUCAAGGACUACGAGUUGAACGGCAAGACCUUCCACACGCAUAUAGUGUCCGAUCAUUACGCUGCUCGAGUUCGCAACCUCCACGCGUACGAUUCGGUCAGCAAAGAUAUUGUGUCACGCUGGGCAUAUCCGCUGUGCCCUGACAGCAACCUCGUACAAGGACAGUCAUACAGGCUUGGGAAGGGCAACAUAUACAAAGAGGAAGGCGUAAUCUUGGCACGCGACUGUAUCAUCAACUCGAAAACUGCCAUAGGGCGGGGAACCAGCAUCGGAGACGGCAGCAUCAUUACCAACAGCAUUAUAGGGCGGCAUUGCCAGAUUGGUCGGAAUGUGAAAAUCGACGGCGCAUAUCUCUGGGACUAUGCAAGCGUUGGGGACGGAAGCGUUAUCAAAAAGUCGGUCAUUGCGAACGAGGCUUCCAUUGGGCGGAAAUGCACGAUCGAAGAGGGUGCGCUCAUCUCAUACGGUGUAACUAUCGGCGAAGGCAAGACCAUCCGCGGAGAACACAGGAUUACCCGCGCCAAGCGGGGAAGAGACGGUAAAGAAGAGCUCGUCAGAGGCGACCCAGACCACGAUGUGGUUGGUAAGGGUGGGGAUGGCUUCGAGUUCCACGACUCAGACGAGGAGGAUGAGGACGAGAUCGUGGAUAGUCUCAUCUCCUCUGGCCCAUUGUACAACCUUGUGAACCUGUCUCAGGAAUCGAUAUCGACACUCAACUCGGAUUCAGAGGCAGACGACUAUGAGAUACGGCACGACCGAUCUGGAGCCAGCAGCUUCCUCUCGGUUGGCUCGCAAGACAGCCAACAUGCCGCGAAUUUCGAUCACGACGCUUCUACCAGCAUCUACGAUUCACUUGUCGAAGGUCACGAGUCUGCCAAUAUUCAGCUCGAACUCACAGCACUACGCAUGAGCACAAAUGCCUCAGAUCACCAAGUCCGACGCGCCGUCGUAAGCGCGUUCGUCAAGCGUAUCUACCAGCUCAUCAAGUCUGGUGAUGCUGUCAAAAAUGCUGUCGCUCAGGUCUUUGAUACUUAUAAGGAACUUAUCGAUCGCUGCAUCUUCGACAAGGCUCAAUCAGACAAGGCUGAUCAGGUUGACUUCUUACUGUUGCUACAGGCCGAUUUAAGCCACAGGGAGAGCGGCGAUUCCAUUCUCCUGCAGGCAGCAACAAAGCUCUCCAUGAAUGACCACGUUCAGGAUGAAGGUUUCUUCCAGUGGUGGGAGGAUGAGAAGAGCAGCGAAGAUGAGGACAUGAAGAAGGUCAGAGAAAAGACAAAGGCCUUGAUCGACUUCUUGCAGCAGGAAAGUGGCAGUGAGAGUGAAGAGGAGAGUGAAGAGGAAGAGGACGAGGAUUCAGAGUAGAGGUCGGGACAAGACUCAUGUUCAAAGCAAUACGUGCAUGUGGUAUCGUGACGUGCGACAGCAAGUGUGACCAGCGGCGCGGCACCGCAAACGUACCCCUGGAGACGUCCAGCUUGCUCUCUGUGGUUUUCAAAGCUCCGUGGACAUCGU